AUGCUGAUGAUGAUGGAGCACAGCGGUAUGGAGGCGCAUCAGGUUGGACGCGACGCCGUGGACCACAGCGAGGCGCGCGCCCGUCCGCGCGCCUGCACCUGGCCGCCGCCACCGCCGCCGUGUCCGGACGGAGGAGGAGGAGGAACCGCGGGAGCAGGAGUAGUGGGAGUUGUCGGGUCUCACGCGAAAGCGCGCCUGAAAGCGGAGCCGCACGACGCGCCCGCGUGCCGCGCUGAGAGGGCCGGCGGGGGCGCGCCGCUCGAGCUCGAGCUCAAGCACCCUGCCGGCGCGCCGGCGCCCGCCUGCCUGUCCGCCGCGCUCGACGUGGCCGGCCAGCUGCGCAAAGCCAAGUCGUCGCGGCGGAACGCGUGGGGCAACCAGUCGUACGCGGACCUGAUCACGCGCGCCAUCGAGAGCACGCCCGAGAAGCGGCUCACGCUCUCGCAGAUCUACGACUGGAUGGUGCGCUUCGUGCCGUAUUUCAAGGAUAAAGGGGACAGCAACAGCUCGGCCGGCUGGAAGAACUCCAUUCGCCAUAACCUGUCCCUGCACACUAGGUUCAUCCGUGUGCAGAAUGAGGGAACGGGCAAGAGUUCCUGGUGGAUGCUGAACCCAGAAGGUGGAAAGAUGGGCAAAGGCCCUCGCCGGCGAGCCGCCUCCAUGGACAACGGCACCAAGUACCUGAAGAGCCGAGGUCGUAUCAGCCGCAAGAGAGCUGGGGGGAUGGGCCGAGGGCUCGGCGCCGGACCAGGGAUACAGGGAUCCCCGGAGCAUGGUAGCCCAGCUGGGAAGGGGGGCUUGGGGGUUGGGAGCGAGGAGUUUGAUGCCUGGACGGACCUCCACUCCAGAACCAGCUCUUCCGCAUCCACGCUGAGUGGCUGUCUGUCACCUAUCAUGGCUGAAGCAGAGCCAGAUGAACCAGAAGAGGGAGGGCUGUCAUGUUCGGCUUCCCCGCAUCUCUAUCCAAGCCCCACCAGUACCAGAUCACCUGCCCUGGGCACUGGGGGCCACUGUCCUUCCGUGGAGCUCCCCCAGUUGGCAGAUCUCACAGGAGCCAUCAGCUUGGAAGAAGGCUUCUCUCAGCCGCCACAGCUCAAAUGCAAUGGGUACCAUUAUGGCCCAGCACCCAAAGGGGAGACCUCCUACUGUGGGACUGUCUAUGGUCAGGCUUCAAUGGGCAUGCUAAGGCACCAUGCCCCCAUGCAGACCAUCCAGGAAAACAAGCCAACCAGCUUCCAGCACUCUCUAAGGGCUUACUCAGAGAACAAUGCUCUGGAGAGCCUGUUAGCUGGCGGGCCACAGUACUGUGGGAAGGACUUGGUGGUGGGGCAAGGAGGGACAUCCCAUUCUCUAAUGUCGCAGUCUAACAGUGCCGUACACUCUCACGGCCACAAUCAGAACCGCGGUCACAAUCACAGCCAGAAUCCCAAUCCCAAUCAAGGCCUUCACAAUGACCAUGAGCAGAACUCAAGCCUCCAUCACAACCACAAUUCCAGCAAGCACCACCCAAGUCUCGACUACAACCACGGAGCCAAGCACCACCCCAGACAUGACUACGGCCAACCUCACGAGCACAACCAUAAGCUUGACCCCAGCCCGAAUGCAAACCACAUGCACAGCCAUAUGCAGCACAGACAGUCAUCCCUCUCUCCCAGGGUCAACAGUGAUAUGCUGCAACCCUACAACCACAAAUCCUCCAAUCUUUACGGCCCUCGUGCCCACCUACCGUCCACUUCCCUGCCCCCUAAUCCUGCCAGCGUCAUGGAUGUGCCCCAGGACCCCUGUCACCUGGCCUCCGCGCCUCAACCCCGCCACCAGCCCUACCCAGGCGCUCAUCACCACCAGGGCAUGACGGAACCUUGGCAAGGGUACUACCACCACCCUUCCCAGAAUUCGAAUUACCACAGCAGCCACCAUCCUGGCCACCACCAGCCUCCUGCGAGCCGACUCCAGCAGCCAGAGAUGGAGAUGGAUGUCCAUCAUGGCAGUCUGGACUGUGAUGUGGAAUCUAUUCUCCUCAACGACUUCAUGGGCUCUACCGAGGGAAUGGACUACAACUACGACGGAUCGCUUUCGCAGGGUGUCGGCAUGGGGAUUGGCCUGGGAAUGGGUAUGGGGGUUUUCGCAGGACCCCCACAGUCACAUAACAGCCAGAGCUGGGUGCCUGGGUAAAGUUACUGUGUCUGGGAGGGGGACAAAGACACUAACGAGAAAACUUCACCCAUAGAGCCUUGCAAGAGGGUGCUGAUCAGGUCAGGACUGAUAUGACUGUGAUAUACCUUUGCUCAGAGAGCCAAACAGGACAAAAACGUCGUUUUAAGGACGUACAGUUGAUGGUGUCAGUGCAGUCAUUUUGGACGUAGAUUUCCCUCCCCUCUCCCUCUCUUUGUGUUUCUCUGCUGUGGAUUAGUGUAAUGGCGUCCCUUCAAACCCAGUGCUGUCCUCUCUCCUGUCCUUCAGUUUGUUCUCUAUCCAUCACCUUCAUCUCCCUCUGGUCAAAAAGCUCUCAAGCACUUUACAUCCAUCUCCAUUCAUUCAGAUGCAGUAUCGGCCACCCUGCAACCUGGGGGGAAUCGAAUUGUCCGCUGGCCUGGGUUUAAUGUAUGCAAACGACUCUGUUAUCCUUCCAGAUCAAAAAAAAAAAAUAGCGUUGGUGUUGUUUUUUUUUUUCUUUCUAACUUGAAUACAGGAUGGAGAAGUAAAUAUCUGUGCUGUCAGGCAGUGUUGUGUUCAUGUUGGUCAGGAAUGUGUUGGACACUUUGAGAGUGUAUGUGCGUGCGAGUGCGUGUUUCAGUGUCGCUUGGGUCAGUGUACAUUCGUCUACCCAUGGAGGUCCGCUGGACGUCCCUUUCUCGUGGGCUAGGACAGUCAUCCAUCAGACUCACUCCAUUGCUAUUCAGCAUCUCCUGUUUAAUCUC